CGGGAUCGGUAGUUGGCCGCAGCGUUACGGAUCGCACGCGUCUGUGAAAACUCGAGAAAAUCCCGGUGAAACCCCGUGAAAUGACGAGCGUCUAGUAGAGUGCGAGUUCGACAUUAAAUAUUUACCACUCAAGUGUUCAGUUCAUAAAGAUGGCCAGAAAGCAGGUGCUAGUCCUAACCAUCCUGUGCCUGGGUUCCUUUUUUUUCGGAACCGCACGGACUUCCACGGAAUAUAAUCGCUACUUGGCCCAGAUAUUCCAAAAAUACGGCAAUGGCGGGACAAUCAACUUUGAGGGUCUCGAGCAUUUGAUGUUUAGCUUGAACUUGGGCCAGAUCCAGUUUGACCCCUCCCACACGAUUGAUCAGCAUCGACCCGAAGGAUACUCCAAGGAAAUAUCACACAUAACAAAUGUCAGUAGUUACUUUGAGCCAGCAAGAGGUAAUGCCACCGAUGAGGAAGUUUUGGAGGUGCAAAUCUCUAUGCCUUCUAGUAAUCUCUCAAAGCCAGAGACGGGACCAGAAGUUCCGGAAUUCCUGGAAAUUCAUGACCCCAAGCACAGGCACCCAAGGGAGAGCUCUGAGCCUGUGGCCGCUUGUUUAUCUCCAAAGUCCCUGCUUUCUCUUCUCGUGGACCACAAUGAUCUCCACAAAAACAUUGCCUACAAAAAACUGAUCAAAAAGGAUGGCCACGGUUCAACUGAUACUAUUCACAACUCGGAGGAGGAGUACAACGAAUUCAUCAACUCGGUGAGGAUUACACCGCGCGCAUUUAUGAAACUCUGUCCAGCUUUACUGGCUCAAAUCGAUAAUGGAGUUUGCAAGCAACCAGCUCCAAGAUCAGAAAAUCUUCACGAUAAAAACCAAAAGAUUUGGUACGCAUGGAUGUAUGCCAGCAUCUCCAUGUUGAUUCUCUCUGCAUGCGGUUUGCUGGGAAUUCUGCUGGUUCCUCUGAUGAAGACAGCUGCCUACCAAGAAGUCCUCAAGUUCCUGGUGUCUAUUGCAGUAGGCACUUUAGCCGGCGAUGCCCUGAUGCACUUGCUCCCCCAUGCUCUUUUUAAGGAGGAGAAACAUGAGGAGGAAGUGACUGGUAUUAAUCCCUUGGAAUCGGAUCACAAACACAGCAAUGAGGCUGCCCUGCUCUGUGGUUGCUCCUUCUUGGCGGCCCUCUUCAUGUAUAUGCUGGAGAAUCUGAUACCUUUGCUAAAAGGAGGCAAGCCAGGCCACGGACAUAGCCAUGGACAUGGUCACAGCCACGGUCACGGUCACAGUCACAGUCAAUCGGAAAAGCCAGCACAACAGGAUGGUCCUGAUUACCCAGCUCCUCGAGAACUUAAUGUAAUGCUCCAAGAGGCCAAGUUGGAUGAGAAGACCCCUGAUCGUCCACUCACACCAGUUGCCUUCAUGGUGAUCAUAGGUGAUGGGUUGCACAAUCUCACCGAUGGUCUGGCCAUUGGCGCAGCUUUUGCCAGCGACCCAGUCACUGGAUUUGCCACUGCUUUCGCAGUCCUUUGCCACGAAUUGCCCCACGAGCUGGGGGAUUUCGCUCUGCUCCUCCAAACAGGUGUGUCCAUGCGAAGAGCCGUCUACAUGAACAUUGUAAGCUCAGUUCUCAGCUUCGUGGGAAUGUCCGUGGGUCUCUUUAUCGCCGGCAUUGGUGACGGUAUGACCCAAUGGAUUUAUGCAGCCACCGCUGGUUCCUUCCUGUAUAUCGCCUUUGCCGAUUUGGUGCCCACAAUGAGUGUGGCCCACAAUCCGGAGAUGGCCAAAGAUCCAAAGGGUAUAAUUAUACAAAUUAUUGGUAUCCUCCUGGGUGGACUGAUAAUGUUAGUUAUUGCCCUGAAAGAGCACGAUUUGGAGGGUCUGUUCAAGAGCUUUCAAAAUAACUGAUGGGAAUCUCAAGCAGAUAAAAAUGUUAUUUCUGUUUUUGUAUUGUAUAUAGUAGCCUAUAAGCAUCUGUUUCUUUGAAAUCUCCGAUUCUCUGCCUUAUUCAAGCAUGCCUUAAAUGUUAAAGAUGAAAUCGUUACCAAAUGUUAAAGUCUGUAUCCCUAGAAUAAAAUAGGUUUUUAAGGUGUUUUAAAGACCAAAUUGAAUGAAAAAAAAACUUUUUUUCCAAGUAAGAUAUACCCUAAUAAAAACAAUGUUUCUAAAAAA